AUAGAUAUUAUUAAAUAUUUGGUAAACGUUACCUAGUUUACAAAAUCGAAAAUAAAAUUCAACUUAACAGCUGACUCUACUUGUUAUGACUUCCGGUGAAAGGGGAGUGAAGGAAGAUGCUAUUUACAAAGUUAAAAAUAAAUAUUCCUGCAUGGCCGCUGCCUCAGUAAAUACCACAUCCGUUAACCCAAGAGAAAGGCAUACCCUCGAGAAUCUUGCUAAACUGUUACGAGACAAUGGUGAUAAGAUCCUUGAUGGCAGCUCUUGUCUUAGCCUCACCACGGCCUCACUGGCUGCCUUGAACAGAGACUUCAGGACAGUAUGUGAUAUAGACCCGCACCAGAGGACAUUUGAGGUCCUGCCACAAAGAAGGUCCAGUCAGUAUGAUUUUUAUGACAAUGUCCAGUUUCUACAUGAUAUUGUGCAGAAGACAAGGAGACUGAAGCUUCUUCACAGUCAUAGCACGUUGCAGGGAAGCAUCAAUAUUGGGGACUUCAGAGAGUUAAGGUGGCUGGAGAUUAAGAAGGUCCCUGUUCACUUAUUGGCCGGGAUACAGAAAUUGAGGUCCAAACUGGAAACACUGGUGUGCGCAAGAAGUGUCAACAAACUACAGGAUCUGUUUGAGACAUGUGGAGGAGACAAGAGUGAAGCCUGGUCUUGGAGUGAACUCAGAGUGGCUGUGCUCAGUUUUAAUGACAUUCAAGUUCUUGAUGAAUCUCUGCGCCUGCUGCCCCAUGUCCAGCUCCUUGACCUGUCCCACAACAAGAUAGUGACCACUGAGGGCUAUCUGCACUACCUUCAUGAUCUGGCCCAUGUCAAUUUUGGCUUCAACUGUUUGACACAAGUGCCAUCUUUCACCAUCACAGGCAGACAGAGAGUAGUCACACUCAUCCUGAAGAGUAACAACCUUGAUAACAUUCAAGGAAUUGAAGAUUUGGUAAAUCUGAAACAUCUGGAUGUAGCUGACAAUUGUCUUUCUGACCAUUCUGAACUUGGGCCUCUCAUCCAUCUGACACAACUCCACAUGCUUUGUUUAGAAGGCAACCCUCUGUCGUACCACCCCCAGUAUCGCCUCCUCACCACCAGAUACAUCCCCUAUGCUGUACAGGCUCACAUACUCCUGGAUGAGAAGAAGCUGAGUAAAGCUGAACUAGCUUACACACGAAAACAUGGUCAGGUCUUCUCCUCUUCACCCCGUGGCAGCCAUGAUGUAGUCUAUCAUAAUGACCGUUUCACAGAUAGCCGGACGUCUACCCCCACUGUGGCUGACACCUACAGGUUUGAGCAGUCAGGGGAGAUUGCCAGGACUCUGACCCCCAAAGGAAAACAGAAGCUGGCCAGGAAAAGGUCGAAGGGCUCUCUCAGGCAGACUAUCUUCAGCAGCAGUGAUGGGUUUGACUUCACAGACACUGGGGGCUCCUCGAAGGAAAGUUCUAGAGUUCCAGAUGUAGUGACAACUUCUACAGCGUCUACACCAAAACAGGAGAACUCCUUUCCAAAGUUCUUUGAGAAGCAGCACAUUGAGACAAUUCGCAGCCAGUUGGGACCAAAAUGGCUGCAAUCAUUACCCACUCCAGAUCCGGAACAACAAAACACAGAGCAACAGCAGCGUCCUCUAGUAACAGAUGAUGACUUGUAUUUAACAGAUGAGCAGGGAAUUGAGCCGAAGAGAAGUGGAGUUAAACAGGUUGAUAAUGUAGAAUCUAUACAGUCCUCUGCUAAUACAGUAAAACCUGAAAAUAAAACUGUGGUGGACAUUCAUGCAGAUAAUCAUGGCAGUUCACAAACAGAAAGUCCUGUGCUUGGUAAGCAGGAUACUGUUGCUAUGGCAACUGGUGAUGGCAGCAGUAGUCAUGGCAAUGUGAUGGCUGGUGAAGCUGAGGAUCUGAGACAAAUGGUUGCUAUGUGCCUGGAAGGGGAGGCCAGUCAGGGGGGUACUUCAUCAGGAGAUAAGAAUGGCACAAAGUCAAGAAAUGCAAGUGGGCAGAUUUAUGAAAGUGGAAAAAAUAAUCAUCACCAGAUCAAUGAUUUAGAAAGUGUGUUCCCAGCCUAUAGAAGAACAAGUAGUGAAUAUUUUGAGCCAUGUGAAAAUGAGAGUGACCCCUUCAUUGUAUCCUUGGAGGAUGGUCAUCAACUGUUGGUCACUUUAAGUGACCGCUAUAUGAAUGAGAAGGACCUUGAUGGUGCCAUGGUGGAACAGCUGGACCUUAAGCUACUGCUGUCUGCAGGGGUUGUGGAGUCUGGAGUGGAGGGCAUGGGCACAUCAUUGAUUAGUGACCAAGACACCUCAAGACAAGCUGACAGCUUAGAGAAAAAUGACAGGAUUGGUGCAGAACCUGGAGAAGACGAGACACAACAAACGUCUCAGCUAGCACAUAUGGAAGAAUGCUCACUGCUGCUGGUUUUUGAUUACUGGAAGAAGGACAGGCGUCAGAGAAGAUAUCUGAUGGAGGAUCAGGAAAAUGCUCAGCUUUUUCUGGACCACCUACAGCCUUGGCUUGAUGCCAGAAAUAGACGAGCAAGUCUGAAGGAGAUGUUUCAGUGCCUUAAGUGCGGCAAAGAGUUUGCAAAAAUAGAGGCUAAGGUGAAGGUUAGGAGAGAAAAGACCAAGGGAGGGAGUGUCAAAGAAAUCUUAAGCUGCCCAUCAUGUGAUAGUGAGCAUGUGGUGGAAAUGGAGGUCAAUUUCUUAGCAACAGCAGUGAAAGAAGAGGUUAGGGUUGGCUCUUUCGCUUCCACGGGGUCAGCUCCAGGGCCCCUUGCCACAUCCACUGCCCCUAAUACCCCACAGAGACCUACAGGAAGAGGAGAGGCUGGGACAGGGACAGCAGUAAGUCUGCCCCAGGCAACCACUUCCAGCCCCAACACCUCCUUCGUGAGUGCUGUCGAGACAACCCCUGGCUCAGUACUCCCAGCUACAGCAGCUACUCAGUCAAGGUCAGAGGAGAAUCAUUCCCCAAAUACUUCAUUAACAGAUUAUUCCACAGCAACUGAAGGAUCUGGGUCAAGGUCGUUUGGGUCAAAGUCAUAUGAAAGGGAAUUGAGGGUGGAAGACUUAAGGGUAAAAUUGUUUGAGCCUCAAGAGGUUGAAAAACCCAGUGACAGUUCUAAAACAAGUGAUAUUUCCAGUGUUACUUUGACAACAGGUAGUCAUAGCAACAUGUCAACACCAAGAGGAGCCACGUCAUUAGCUGCUGACAGUACAUUUUGUGAUUCUGCUGGGAGAGAGACAGAUCAGUCAUUACAGCGCAGAGGGAUGGAUGACUCUAGAACAAUGGCAGAAUCAUCUCAGUCAAAUUUUCCUCCUUCAGAGGCAUCUCAGUAUUCAGGGAGACAACAUUCUUAUCGAAGACUUGAAUCGGGUGACAGUGACAUCAGUAUUUUAAGCAACCCCAGUCAGAGUAGCAUAGCUGUCCUGGACUCCUCGGGAGCUGCCAGCUUGGCCAGUAGCACAACAGACUCAGACUUCCAAGGUCUGCGCAGAACUUCACUUCCUAUAAGGACUCCAGCCAUGGACCUCCAAGAUGGAGGUGUGAUGACCAUGUCCACUGUAGCCGAGGCCAGUCCAUCUGGCUCCCUGCUGACCAGCACCUGUUCCAGCAUGGUGGACAGUGUGUAUGAAAGGGCUCUGCAAGAAUCACCUAAGAAAUCUGGACUGGCAGAAGAACACCAAAUAUUUGUGAAGGGGAAUAUUCCCCAUGAUUUGAACUCGAGAGAGGAAGGUAUGGAUGUGGAAAUUGUGAGAAAAGAGGGAGAUUAUGGUGAUUUGAAAGAGGUGUUACCAGAUGCAUGUGGUAGUGGAGACCAGGAGGACCAAAGGGUUCAGAGUGACCAGGGGGCCUGGCAUGACGAGGGUGACAAGGAUGAAAGGGACAUUUUUCACCCUGACGAAUCUGACCAGUCCAAUACUACUAGUCAGGACUCCUUCAGAGUGGACAGCAGUAGAGACUCUGUUGAAGUGACCAGUCUUGGAGUGAGAUAUAACUAUGAGGACUUCACUCAGGUGGACCACAGGCUGAAGCUUUACCUGACCAUGUCAGUUCUGCAGGGGGAGGAGGAGGUACAGUGUGUUCUGAAGACAAGCAUUGUUCAGUUUCCUAAGCCAGAAGAGUUCCCAGGAAUGCUACUGGUCACCUCAGAGAGAAUCUACAUCAUCAAGAUAAUCAAAGAACAAAGUGAGAAACUUGAGGAUGCACUGAAGGUGGUGGACCAGCAGCCCGUGACAGAGCUACAGUUUGUUGACAUUGGACUGGGACAUCAGUCUUUUAGACUGGAGUUUGGAACUGAUGGAUCCUGCUACACUUUUUUACUAAAAGACGAGGACAGAUGCAAGCGGUUUCUUGCCUUGUUCAUAGGCAUGGUACAAGCCACUGCGUUCUACAAGAGCAGCAAAUUGCAGGGUAUCAGCAAAAAUAACAUUGAUACCAUAGACAAUAUCAAAAACAUGGUGCUGGCUCCUCAUGCAGAUGGUGCUGCCCCCUAUGUACAAGUUGGAGAUGGGGAAGGAGGAUGUGGAGAAGAAGAUGACCAGUCCAAUGUGAAGUUCUUCAUGGGGUACUUAAGGAGCAGUGGAGGAGAAGAGCCUGUAAGCCUGAUUAUAUUUGGCAAGGAGAUCUGUGUGUGCCACCAGGCCCUGGAACUGCCUCUCCCCAGGCUACAGGUGGCACCAGGGGAACUGUCCAAGAAAAGCCAGUUUGAAGUCAAGGAUAAGCAGGUCAUCACCGACCUACUGGAGGUGACGCUAGACACAGAAACAGGAAACAAGGUAACACUGCACUUCCUGAAUGAGGAGACCAAUGAGGAGACAGAUUGGCACAUUGCCAUGGAAACCACCACAGCUGUCCAGUCAUUGAUCAGAGCCAUUAAGUUGCCAUGGGAACAUCAGAUGUGUGUGGAACUAGAAGUUAAUUAUGUCUGACCUAAAUAUAAUAUGUGACAAAUUUGCAAGAUAACAUCAUGGCUAUUGGCAUUGAUACAUUAAACAAGUGGAGUGAACUAUGCAGUGGCUUUUUAAUUAAGUUAAAUAUUUUCGGACAUUUUACUGAUAAUGAUCUGUGUUAAAUGUUAAAGUACUCAGAUAUUGGUGGCAUGGUGUUAAAGGAAGAAAAAGAUUAGUUGUUUCUAAACAUGGUCAGUAACAUAGACUUGUUGCAAUGGUUUGAAAAUAUGAGGAUGUCUUAUUAAGACUGCCUAAAUAUAAUGUGCUUGAAUGUCUAGCAGUCUAAUCUAGAUAAUAGCCAUGGACUGCCUGGUGAGGCAUUGAUUAACAAUAAGAACACAGGCUGAGGCAGAUCCAACAUUUUACAUAGGGGUGGCUCUGUUUCAUGA